AUGGACACCUCAUCACCUAAAGUUGUCAUUGUUGGUGCCGGUGUUGCUGGCGUCACUGCAGCCGCCUGGUUAGUCAACAACGGUGUGUCGGACGUGGAGGUUCUUGAGGCUCAGGACUACAUUGGAGGCCGCGUCAAGGGUCAAGUUGUUGAUGGCAAAAACAUUGAUCUUGGCGCCCAGUUUAUCCACGGAAGGGAGGGAAAUCCUGCAUUUGACAUCGCACAAAAACUUGGCACGGUUGUGCACCUUGAAGACCAGUACCAGAGCACGAAACUACAAAAUGCGCCAAGAGAAUUCCUCACGUCCAGCGGAGAAAAGAUUGACGGCCACAAAGUCCUCCCUCUUCUCCAGUUUCUAGAUAGUGAACUUAACAUCCGGUUUACCAAAAUACCAUGUGGUAGCAGGACCAGUGAUGGCGAACUGUUCAUUCGAGCUUAUCAAAAGUUUCUGAGUCCAAGGAGAGAGACCUUGUCACAUGCUGAGAUUGAACUCUAUGAUGCGGUUUACAGAUGGUAUGUAGCAUAUCACAAAAUAGACAACGCCGUAGCAGACCUGAAUGACGUAUCUGCUUGGGGAGCUUCUCAGUACAAUGUGUUACCAGGAGACCGUUUCACAAACACGCAUGGGGGGAUGGCAGCAUUACUGAAAGCCAUUUGCGGCUUAGUUCCUGAGGAGCUUUUCCAGCUGAACACCCCUGUGACAAAUAUUAACUGGAGCUCAGUCAAGGAAGCUCGCACAGACGGUAAAGUUGUGAUCACCUGCAGAAGCGGUAACCUGGUGGAAGCAGACCAUGUGGUAGUUACGGUCAGCACAGGAUGCAUGCAGGCUAAUCACAAAACCCUGUUUACCCCUUCCCUUCCAGACGCCUUUCAGACAGCUUUAGAUCAUAUCGGAUUUGGUGGUAUUGGAAAGGUAUAG